CUGGAAGUAGUCGCGCAGGUUGGCUUUUUACUUCCUCGAUAUCCAGGCGGUGUUGACAGCGCUGCACAAUGAAAUUACUCACUUUAUUAAGUUUAUUCGUAACGUAUUUAGUUACGGACUGCAUUAAUAUCGAGAAUACAGCAGGCCAGUUCUUUAGCAGCGGUCAUACAAACAACUGGGCUGUUCUGGUGUGUACCUCCAGGUUCUGGUUCAACUACCGACAUGUGGCCAAUUCUCUGUCUGUGUACAGGAGCGUAAAGAGGCUGGGCAUCCCUGACAGUCAUAUAGUUCUGAUGCUGGCCGACGACAUGGCUUGUAACCACAGAAAUCCUAAACCGGCCACAGUGUUCAGCCACAAGAACAUGGAGCUCAACGUCUACGGAGACGACGUUGAGGUGGAUUACCGUGGAUACGAGGUGACAGUGGAGAACUUCCUGCGAGUCUUGACUGGACGGCUUCCCCCCAGCACUCCUCGCUCCAAACGCCUCCUGUCUGACGACCGAAGCAACAUCCUCAUAUACCUCACUGGUCACGGUGGGAACGGCUUCCUUAAGUUUCAGGAUUCGGAGGAGAUCAGCAACGUGGAAUUGGCUGAUGCUUUUGAGCAAAUGUGGCAGAAAAGAAGGUACAACGAGCUGCUCUUCAUCAUCGACACUUGUCAGGGCGCCUCUAUGUACGAGAGGUUUUACUCUCCAAACAUCAUGGCGCUGGCCAGCAGUCAGGUCGGGGAAGACUCCCUGUCGCACCAACCAGACCUGGCCAUAGGAGUCCAUUUAAUGGAUCGCUACACCUUCUACCUGCUGGAGUUCCUGGAGGACAUCCACCCGGCGAGCAAAGCCAACAUGAACGACCUGUUCAAAGUUUGUCCCAAGAGUCAGUGCGUGUCCACUCCGGGUCAUCGGACCGACCUUUUCCAGAGGGAUCCGGGAAGCGUCCUCAUCACAGACUUCUUCGGCAGCGUCCGCAAAGUCGAGAUCACCACUGAAGUUGUAAACUUAACGAACCCCAUCGAGCAAGUGGACGAGAGCCCUGCGAAUGGAGAGGCGCGUGAAGAGAUGUACUCGUACAUGGACCAGCUGCCGGUGUCUGAGAUCAUCCAUCAGAAACCAAAGCAGAAAGACUGGCAUCCUCCUGAUGGCUUCAUCCUGGGCCUGUGGACUUUAAUCCUGCUGGUGUUUUUCAAGACCUACGGUGUUAAACAUCUAAAGCACAUCUUCUAAGGAUCCGGCGCAGACGCAGCUGGACAUCCCAGGACCCAGGGAGUCUUUCCUGAAGGGGUAUUUGGGAAGAAGCUGCAGUUUGUGAUGGGUUUUUAUACCUGAAUGUGGGAAGAUGAGCAACAGAAACUACUGAUUUGUAUAAAGCUCCAUAAACUAUUGGUGCCUUUUUUUAUGUUUUAAAGCUGCAGUAUGUAACUUUUAUAAAAAUAUGUUGUUUUUGUUACCAUCUUUAAUAAAACUGUCACCAUGUCGUGACGGUGUAAGACAGAUAAUCUGUGAAAAAAAUGUAGCUCUUCCACUUCCUACAUGAGCUAUUACUGUGGUCUGCAAAAAUGCACAAAACAACCAAUCAGAGGCAGGAGGCGGGUCUUAGGGAUGUCAAUCAAUGUGCUAAUGGCGGAAAUUGUUUUUUAUUUGUUUUUCUGUUAUGCAUGUUGUUUUCUAUUCUUAUUGAUAUUUGUUUACUUUGGUGAUUAGGUUGUAAAAUGUGAAUCUUAUAUAAAUUUUUUACCAUUUUUUUGGUAUUAUACAAAAAAAAUUGCAGCAUUCGUGGCAGGUUAUGUGUGUUUUACUAAGGUUCAGGUUGGCAAAAAAACAAGUGGGAGUGGUGAAUAUGAGUGAUUGACAGCGCUAAGACCCGCCCCCUGGCUCUGAUUGGUUGUUUUUGACUGAGCGUUGUAUUUCUGCAUUUCUUUUUUUUUUUUUUUGGAGAUUAUCCGUUUGAUUUUGACGUUUCCAGUGGAGAGAAUAAAAAACAGCAUCUGUUCCUGGUUUUCUACUCUUAAAGAAAACAUGUAUUUAUGUCCUGUUAUUAAUUGUCAAUGACAUUGCAGAGCUGACUAAGCGCUUUUGGAAAUUUUUGAAAAUCGGGAUCUUGCUAUUGUCUUGUAAAAGUAACUGAGGAUCUUAUGUGAGCAACAUGAAGUAACUCAUAACAGAGGAGUGGAUGGAGUACAAAAGAAUGUUAAGUACAAGAAUAAAAUUAUAAUAUUAGCAGAGUAAAGUUUGUUAAUGAGAAUAACUGUUUACUGUACGACUUUAUUCUUGUCAUUACAUUUUUUUCUUAGCCCGGCCCUUUCGCUCUGUGGUAGAAAGAAAAUGGUGGAAAGUUGUGUUAAUUUUUUUCCCCAGGUUUUCUAAAAUUUCUACCUCUUCUUCUCUACAAAAAUAGCUUGAGGUCAGUCGGAUAUGACCCAGAGGGAUUCUGAACAUUAGUUUUCGAGUUUUCUUUUACAUUGACAUUAGGAUUAAGGCCUGGACUUUGACUGAGCCAUUCCAUAGUAGGUUUUUGCUGUAUAUUUAGUUCAGCUGGACAUCCGCCACAGCCUCCGGUCUUCUGUUCGUUCAUCUCUUUCCAUUUUUAAAUGAUGGAAUGAAUGUUUAGGAUUUUAUUUUCUAACUUUACUUGAAACGACUCCAUAAGUUCUCUGACCCAUCUGCUGUGUUCCUUCAUGAUGCUGUUUGCUCGCUAACGUUGUCCAUCUAGAUUAUUUGAUCGAAUAGUUUUUGAACAUAAAUGGUUGCAUUUUAUUUAUUUUGAGGUUUUAGAGUAAAAGGGGCUGGACACCAACUCACUAUUUGCAUUUUUAUUAAUAAGACAUUUUAGAAAAACAUAUUCACUACUUUUUGUUGCUCUGUCACAUAAAAUCCCCAUAAAAUAUGUACAUGUUUUGUUACAUGAGGUGAAAAAGUUUAAGGUGUAUGAACAAUUUCUCCAAAACUGUACAUAUUAAGAAGUUUGCUUUUGUUUUAUUUUGGGAAAUGGUUAAAUGUUCAGCCGUUUUUCUUCUAUUUCACUUGUUCUGUUCCUCCAUAUAUUUUUGUGUCGCAAGCAGAGUUUUGAUCCUCUGUUGCACCGACAUGCUUUAUAAUGCACUGAACUGAGUCUGCAGAUAAUUAAAUUUAUUUGGAGAGCACGUUGCCCCGCAUAUUUCAGCUGCAGCAGCCUAUUUGUUUAAGUGCUACUCUGACUGUGGGUCACAGAAGGAAAAACACGCUGAUUGGUUGUGAGUGGGCUGUGGAGAGAUUACUGCAGGGGUGUCCAAAGUGUGGCCCCGAGGCCGGUUUGCGGCUGGUGGAAUGAUUCUGUGUGGCCGUUGUCCACAGUUCAGGAAUAUCAGCUUUAUUUCAGCGUAUUGGUAACUUUGAUAUGCUUAGAGCAAACUAAAGUAAAAUGCUGCAGACAAAUUAGAAUAAUUGUAAAGUUGCUCAAAUUUUCUACUUUAUCAACCAAAUGUUCUGCUUUCAUUUUAAUUUGACAGCAUAUAACUCCACAAUCAACCAGCCACUUUUACUCAAAAGUAGAAUUGGAGCACAUCCCUUCAUUAGAGAUUUAAAGCUGCAGUAUGAAGCUUCUUUAAAAAUAUAUUUAUAUAUAUAUUUUUUUACAUUUGUUGAAACUGUAACUGUCGUAACAGUUUAGAAACAGAUCAUCUGUGAAAAAAACUGAGCUUGUCCACCUUCUCCCACUGCUAACUAGUAACUACCAAUCACAGCCAGGAGGCGGGUCUUAGUGCUGUCAAUCAACCUCUCCAUCGCCCACUUGCGCUCUGCUACACUGCAGCUAGCAUAGCAUGUUGUGAAUGCUCAGGCUAGUUAGCAUGUGACCAAUAACAGCAGAUAAACGGUUUUCUUGUAAUAAGUUGUUUCUCCACCAUUAGCACAUUUAGCAGGACUACAUGAGGUUGAUUGACAGUGAUAAACCCGCCUCCUGGCUCUGAUUGGUUGUUUUUGGUUCAUUUCUUUACAUGGCAAUAGAAACUCAUGCUGAAGAUGGACAGAUCAAUCUUUUCACGGAUUAUCUGCCUCAUAACAAACUGUCACGGCAUCGUGAUAAUUUCAACAAAUAUGUAAAAAAACAUUUUUUUAUAUAGGUUACAUACUGCAGAUUUAAGAAGGUUUUAAAAAGAAAAAGAGGGACUUGCAUCUUGUUCUUGUAGCUUAGAAUACAUCUAAAAUAAACAGAUUCUUUCUGUAUAGACAUCAGAUUGUUUUGCAUUUUCCAUAACAGAUAUACAUUUUUGCGUCCCACCGCUACUUUUGACUUUAGUUCAAACACUCCUGGAUUUUAUCGUCACCCUGGUUCGUUUACGCUCUAUUGCACUCCAUAAGUGUUUAAUCACACUUAUGGAGGAUAACAAUCCGACGCCUCACUGCCCUGCAAAAACACAAAAUAUUCAACUUUCUAGUGCAAACAUCUUAGUACAUUUGAAAAAGACAAAACUAACUUACAAGUAACUUCAGCAAGAUAUAGGCGCUUGUUUUAAAUUAAUAAAUACUUAAUAUUGAUUUUGAAAAAAAAUACUAGUUCCAAUACUUGUCACUUAUGACAAGGGACAAAAUGUCUUGUGAAACAAUCUGGCAGUGGAAUUAGUAAAUUUUCAUAAUUAUUAAGAAAUUAUUGACUUUAAACAAUCCGCUAUACCUUUCUGAAAACUUUCUUCUAAGUUAGUUUUGUCUUAUUUGAAGUGAACUAAGAUAUUUGCACUAGAAUCUAGACUAAAAAUGCUUGCUAAGAUAUAGUGUUUUUGCAGUGGUCUGACCCGUCCUGGUUUCCAUUCACUAAACUUGUGUCCGUGUUGGAGCAUUCAUUAUCUCCUCUGCUGCUGAUUGUGUUUUUGGUGAUGCUUUCCUCCAGCCAGUCUGCAUCCCAGUGAAUCCCCCAGACACCAACCGGCUCUCCCGAAUGAAUCUUCACUCCGUGACGUUUAUUCUUUGGCCUUUUUCCCCCGCUGUAACCACUCUGCAUUAGGAUCGUUGUUUGGCAGAGGGACUGAAGGCGGAUAGAUUGAACCGGAGGUAGUUUAUCUUCUCUCUUUGGCUCGCGCUCCACCCAUUGGCUGCGCGCUGCCACUCUUCCUCGGGGCUGAAAUGGAAAAUGGAUGAAGCUGGAAAUGAAACUGUAUGUACGGAAAGGCAGCUGCUGCGUCAGCCUCACUGUGUACCUUUUUUUUCUUAUGCAUUAUUUAUACAACACUUAUUUCUUCUCCUUUUUCUUAUUUCCUGUAAUCCUUUUUAGUCUUUCUUCCCUAGUUGAUGGGAGAACAUAGUGUGUAAAGCCCUGGUUAAAAAAACAAAACUAAAAAUCUGAAUAAAUAAAGUACAUUUUUAAAAAC